CGGGGUUGAUCGACAGAAGAGGUCCAACCGCGCGCUCAGUGCUGGUUUCGAGUUGGAUCGCGUAGCACACGAAGCAGUCGCCGUUCGUUUGGAAACGUCGAUUCCCGGUGGUGGUCAUUUUCAGCUGACGACGUGCGUCGCGGUCGCGUUGGAUACGAACCCGCAACAACAAAACCGAUCGCGGUGCCUAUCACACUGGAGGGUGCCUACCGGUGAACACCUGUUCCAAUCGGUCCCGUAAGAACAAUCCAACCAUUCGUCAAGGGGGAGUGCCUGGUGCUACAUUAGAUGCCCGGUGGUGCCUGUGAAAAAUUGAAAAUUAGAAAUUUUAACUGACCGAAUGAAGAGGGUGUUGAAUUGAAGGAGCCACUUGACAAUCGCUCUGAAGUAUCUGUGGUUUGUGUGAUUGAAGUUGGGAUUUAAGUCAAUUCAGUGUAUUUAUGCCUACCGAUGUGAGACUUAGUGGAAAUUAAGAGGUCACUGUUUUUUUUUGUUUUCGGAUUUUUGUUUCCAAGAGGAGAGAUUUCAACGCCCCCGUUCUAAUCACACAUGCGCCAAUUCCAUGGCGUGCGCUCGCGCGUGCUGGUGCUUCAAUGAGUGAUGACGAAGAGGAUUUUUUCGCCUUGGAGUUGAUGGGCGUCGUGAAACAAAAACACCAGAAAAGAUACCAUCGGCGGCAGUAGAAGUCAAGCCAAAAAAACACCGACUCACCGUCUUUUGGAAGCGGAUUUGGUGGUGAUUAUGCGACUGACGGUGCGUUGCUGGUCGUACCCCCUAUAGGCUGGCAGUGAAGACCACAGUGAAGUGUUAUUGUUGAUGAUGAUGAUGAUUAUUUUCAUUGGUGCUGCGCGUGAAUGACUUGGAUUUGUGCUUGGCCAAGCUGCUAGUUAUCGUAUAUCCCGGGUUCGUACGGAGGAAGUAGCGAAGGUAGAAGGUGUUUAUGAUGUUUUAUUGUUGUUAUUAAGAUCUGGCAGUUCUACACAGUAGUGGUAUCUCUACUAUGCGCGCAUAGGGACUCACAGAUUCAAAAUUAUCUCGUCAUGGUGCUACAUAAUUUCUUUCUGGAGAAAUUGGAUCUAUAGCUGCCCAUUGAACACAAAGCGAGCGUGAGUGAGGCCUGGGCUGCCAUGUCCAUUUCGAUGGACCAGAACAGUUGCAUCGGUUGGUCUGAUUGUAGGAAACAGCAAUUAUGAUGAACAUCACCGCCCAGGCCGCCGUUAAUCGUCUGACCGGCAGCAGCGCCACGGCUGGUCAUGGCCCUUUGGUGGCCGCGGGUGCAUCGACUGCGGCAAUCGCUUCGACGACAUCAGCGGUGAUAAGUGGCGUCGGAGGCGUCUUUCCCAAAUCCAAAGAAUGCUGGGUGCUACCCAGCAAUCAUCCGCUGAUGGCACCUCGGAUGACUAGCGAAAUCGUAAGCGACGACGAUGACGACGACGACGAAGAUGAAGACCAAGGGGAAUCCCAAAGCGAAGACGAUGAGUCAUGUGGCACAGUUAGUGAUUACUCGACGGAGGAGGUUCCAGUGUGGAUCAAAGGGGAACAAAGGUUCAUUUCCGGUGUGACAGAGGAAACAACCUGCGGAGAUCUCAUAGAAGCGUUGAUACAGCAGGAAAACUUGGGUGCGGGGUCCAGUGGGACAAACGAAACAAAAGAAUACUGCAUUACAGAGCGGUGGCGGCAAGUGGAGCAAGUUCUCGACUGUAAAACGAAAGUCUUGCAGAUCUGGUCGGCUUGGGGUAAAGCACAGCCGGAGGUAAAAUUUAUUCUCCGUCGAAUGGAUGGAUCUCACGGAUUGGCCCUGGCACCACCGUCCACGGGUGGUGCCAUCGGAUUGCCAGCCGAGCGUGACAAAGACAGUGGUCGGGGUAGCCCCACGGGGAGCAUCAAUAGUGCAAUAGUGCGCCGGAAGCGUCAUCGAGCGUCAAAGUCGUCCUUCGCGUGGAUGACCCACGGAACCACCAUUCAUCCAAAGUCCAACAAAAACUCGAUCGAGCGGCUCAUGAAACUUAUUCUAGAACAAGGGGACAUUAUUCAGCAGCAGUUGUCGAAAUUGAGAGACCGUGAGCUCCAGAUAAGCAAAAUCGAGGAGGACCGUCACCGAGUCCGUGAGCGAGCCCACGGCAAAAACUACCUUCUCGAAACCUACCUGAAGGGGCUGCCGGAAUCGUCCGAAGUGGAUCGUAACGCCGGGGACAGUGGAGUCACGUCGGAAGCCACCACUGCGGCAUCACCCGAAAUUGAGUCCUGCAUCGAGCGGGAUGCCGAUUCACCGAGCACUUCGGUGGAAAAAGAUGGAACCGCGAAGGAGCAGAUCAAAAUGCUGGAGAAGAUUGUCCAGUUGAACAAGCGCAUUGUGAAGGAGGAAGAAACGGCAGUGAAGCUGUACGACAGAAUAAGGCGCUAUCAGCUGGACAUUCCGAAUCAAUCGCAAACUCAAAUCGAGGAAAAUCUGUCCAAGGUGAAUGCGAGUCUGGAGAAAAGCGGUUGUGAGUUGCAAAUGAUCGAUGACAAUCUUAAGCAUUCGGACAUGAUGUUGAAGGAAAGAACCUCUCUUCUGAAGUGCCUUCAGGAUGAACUUGAGGAUAAAGAUGAGCCAAACAACAUUAUAAUGGACUUUUCCUUGCCUAAUCCGGUGUUGAGAAUUAGUCCUUCUGCUGAUGCAACCGGAUCGCAUCAGAGCAAUUCCCCGGUACCGAUCAGUUACCCGCUAUACACAAUCAAUGAACAACCGAGUUCCAAUACCCUGCCUCGAAGCCAACGUUUUCCGGUUACGCCACAAAGUACAGUACCUCAAAUCUCCGUCCACCAGAUCAACAAGUUCAUUCAAAGCAACAGUAAGUUGGGAAGUAACUGUAAUACCAUGCUGGAUGACAAGAUCUGCCCCAAGCAACUAUUCAACUCGGCAAUCUAUGCGCUACCAAUGAAACAUCACGGGUUGGAGGUUCCGAAGAAACCUCCGGAUGACGAUUUGACCAACAUGGGAACGCUCGUGUGAGGGUGCUAUCAAUUAUACAACAAACGCAACACAAAUCAAAGAGACGUGAGCAGAUACAUUUACAAUAAUUUCAUCGAAUCAUCUCAGCAUCUUAGUUGUAUUAGAAUAAGUUAAAAUCGAAAUCAUUCUUAUAACCAAACAUAUCACCUAAGAGUAGAGAUUAGUGAGCGGUUAGUAAGUGUGCAAACACGCGGUAAAGUAGUAUCACAUCCAUAGGAGUGUUAAUUUCGUUUUAGUUUUUUGCUGUUUUCGUUUACAUAACAAUUGUUUUGAUAAGCUAGUCAUAGUAAGAUUUCAAUUGCAUUUUAUGCGGUGAAGUGAGGCAACGAAUAUUUUGACAGGAUCAAAGAACUCUUAAGUACAUAUGAUGCCUAAAGUGGAUUCUUAUUUAUAGCGCGUACUUUAGAAUAAAACAUUUGUGUGUGUCGUUCGGCCCUCUAUUGAGUGUAAUUGUUUUUGCUGUAAAUUAACUUUACCCAUGAUAUCUGGCAAUAAAAACUGAAGCUACCAAAACACCAACAAGCUGUUUCAU